AUGAUAAUGGGGGUGGUGGAAAUCACUUUAUGAGGCUGUCGUGGGGGGCCGGGGGAAGGCCGACUGGCUCACAAAAACCAAAAAUCGCCCAUCACCAUACAUAUUGUCGCCGCUCGCCGCAUCCCCCGCCCCCCUCUUCAGUCUUGACCAGAACCAAGAAUUAUCAGAAGCAAAAAGAAGAACUAAAAGGAAUUAUAUAUCCCAUAUAUAAUCGUCCAACACACACACACCCACUGCUGCAUCUAGCCACAACACACACGACGACUGCAAUCACCCAGCCCAAGCACGUCGCCUGCCUCUAUAUCAACCUCAAACAUCACUCAAUACCUUCAAUGGCGUUCAAAACAGGCCGGACAGGCUGCAACUAGAUCAUCAUUCUCACGCGCAUCGAUACCAAACAUCUAAUUUCGGAAUAUUAUAACACCCACCACACACGCACCCGCGCAUCACAAUAAGCCCUCAACGACCCUCGCCGCUUCACCCGCCAUAAAUCCAUCAACGACCUCAAAACCAACUCAACCUCAUAACACCCCCACCCUCAAUGCACCUGAGCCAUGUACAACCACAAAAACAGACAAGACACCGUCUCCAGCGCCAUCAGCCGCACAUCCCGACGCAGCGAUGAAUCCCACUCCUCCGCCAGCACCGCCGCGACCUCUGUGUGCGACGAGACCCCCCUCCCCCCCCUAACGCGCCAACGCCUCCGCCACACCAGCACGCGCAUCACGCACUCCCGCUCCCCGCGGAGCUCUUGCUACUCUGCCCGCUCUUCCGUGGCGGAUUUCUACGCCGAGCCCGAAGAGUACGGCAUCGACGACGACUAUCCGACUCCGUCACACACCACCAGCCUCCCCCCGGCCCCGUCAACGACAGCUAUCCCUACAACACCACAUGAUUUCGCGUCCUACUUCCCCUCCCACAGCCGUCUGACUAUCACGCACGACUCCUCCGCCCUCGACCUGGGUAUGAACCUGGUUAUCUCUACGACGCCCGAGGGGGAGCAGAAGACGCCUAUGCAGCUCUUUCAUCUGCGGAUGCAUGAUCUCCCCACGCGGGCAUUUAGUCUGCGGAGGUAUUGUAGGGAGUCGGGGAGGGAGGUGUGUCAUAGCGUGUUGCGCCAGGGGGGAGAGAAGGUUAAGCAGAACCAGAGGCAGACUAAACACCCGAAGCUCCAGCGCUCUAUGUCAACCGCCCUCGCGACUGUGACGCGCAGGGGUGUCAAGCGCGCCGAUUCCUGGGGCGCGUCGUCGAACAAGGCGUCUUACCCUCCUCCGCACCCCACCCCGCUCCUUACGAUCCCUACGCGCCACGACUCCGGUUACGCGACCGACUCCGACGACGAUGGUGAUUUCUCCUCGUCCGGAGCUGAGGACGAGGAGGAGUUCCCCCCUACCCCUGUCCCUUCAUCUCUACCCGGGAAGAAAGGGAAGAAAGGAAAGACGAACACGACACACCUCGAAUUCUCAAACUACGCACACGUAGACCUCACCCGUCGCGGCUCGGCGGGUAAAGGGAAGCACUGGGAUUUUGAGUACUGGGGUACCCCCUAUAGCUGGAAGCGGGAUGGACAGAGCUAUCACCUCGUCCCCACCUCCAACUCCUCUGGAAACAACGCUGGGGCGGUGGCGCAUAUCGUCCCCGACGUCCUGACGCCCUCGCAAACGCUUGAAGAGGCGAGGGAGGGUGGGUGGGUCCCGAGAUGCAGUUUCUGGAUCUCGGACCCGAAGCUGCUUAGGGGGGGGGAUGUGGCGGAUGUUGUUGUUGCAACGGGGGUGUUGGCAUUGGUGGAUGAUAAAGCGCGUUGCGAGGGGGGGAGACCGGCGGGGAAGUAUAGGAGGAGGAUUAAGGUUCCUAUGUCACCGGUGACGUUGGAUUUGGAGGUCGUGACGGCGAGGGAGAUGAUGAGGAGUGUUUUUAGGAGGGGGAAUAGGGAUGAGAGGCCUGGGACGGCGGGUGGGAGAGGGGAGAGGAGGGAGAGGGAGGGGAGUGGGUUGAGGUUUGGGAGGGCGCUGGAGGCUUGUUAG